AUGGAAAAAGCCAUCUUGGCCCUAAUCCUACUAACUGGCCGUGUCUCAGCACACACAUGGCUAGAAAGCCUGCGUCUGAUUGGCCCUAACGGUGCCUUCACUGGCGAGCCGGGCUUUCCUAGAGGGUUUAUCUCUAGACAGGACCCUGCGUACUCAGACGACGCGCUGACUUACAGAAUUACAGCUAAAGAAGCAGCCACUCCACUCUGCCACCCAGCUCAGCAACUUGACAAUGGGUACAGCAACCCGGAAUUCCCACGACUCAAGGCGUCAGCCGGCUCCUUUGUUGCUUUGACUUAUCAAGAGAACGGCCACGUCUCAGCUCCGCAGGUUCCCGAGGGGCGGCCAUACCGUUCAGGCAACGUCUACGUUUACGCCUCUACUAGCCUUCGGGACGAGGAGUUUGAAGCCGUUCACGGGAAUUGGACUGCAGAUGGAGAACUCAAGUCCGGUCGCUUGUUAGGGACCCACUUCUACGACGACGACAGCUGUUAUCAAAAUCAAGGUUCCGCGGGCACACCUAUCAACUCUGUCGACUGUCAAACUGACAUUCAGCUUCCUGAAGAUAUAGAUUCGGACAGGAUCGCGCUUUACUGGAUCUGGAGCUGGCCCCUUUGGCCCAACACCGAGAAAGAAGCCGCUGAGUUUUAUGUUGCAUGCGCUGAGAUUGAUAUUUCUGGGGUAAGUUCCCCUUCAGAAGUUUCAGUUGACAGUUCAAUCCCCAUCAACCAGAGGGCCGUUCAAACCCAGUUGGAUACCCAGUUCGAAGUCUUUGAACUCGGCACAGGCACAGCAGCGCCUCCCCCGGUCACGAGCACCAAAAUUGCACCCUCGUCCGCCCCAUCAACCACUCACUUUCCUUCAUCAACUGCCAGUGAGGUCGAUGAAUGUUCCGGACUUACAACAGUCUACGUUCCGAGCGCCACCGUGACCGUCACAGUCACGGCCGCUGGCCCGACGGCCCGGGUAAGUCGUUAUAGGUAA